GAGCAUGCUCAGUAUGCUUAAAUGAAGCUCCUUUUCGUUUUCUGCCCAAAACCGCUACCCCUGGACCCGCGUGUUCUUCCUGUGGACCCCGGUUAGGAACAAGCAGUAGCGGCCGAGAAGAGUCCGGGUGACUUUCUUUUACUGCCCCCUGCCCCGGAGCUGAGAUUGGCUGUGCAAUGAACCCCCACUUGGCAAAAAGGUUAUUCAAAGGAAUUUUACUUAUGGAAGUUCUUGGAGUUUUUGGAGCCUAUAUGCUGUAUUACAAAAUGGACAAUAAUCAAGACUUCAGGAAAAAGAUGAACAGGAGAUACCCAUCUAUCCUGGAAGUUUAUUACAAAUGCAAUGAAUGGUCUGGUAACUAUGGGAUAAGAGAAACAGAUCAAGAUGCGUGGUUAAGCAGCAAAAAUUAGAAAUUUCAGACAAGCUACUGGAAGAAAAUGGUGCAUUGCUGAGAAAUGGAAUGAAUGCUUUGCCUCAGGAGUCACUGCAGAUUGUCUUCAGGGAGUCAAACCAGACCUGAACAUUAACCUCAAAAUUGAGUGGGUUGUGUUUGUUUUUUGGUGAAGCAGAAGUUAACCUAAACCUGAAAUGUCUUGGUUCUCUGGAACAAGAAUCAAAACCAACCCCCUAAUAAAUACUAAAAGUCAUAACCGAUUCAAUAAUUCAGCUUUCGACUGUACAAUUGAUUUGUUUUCUUGAUUUGUAUAAUGUUGUAUAUCUUGUUUGUAAAAACCUUUAAAAUACAAAAAUAAACUGUUUUAAAAUA